AUGUCUGAUCAAGAAUUUGGAAAAAGAAUAUGUCAAAAUCAUGCUAAUUUUGAAAUCAUCGCUGUCUAAGAGAUCUAAUCUGAUUCAUAAGAUAUCAAAUAUCUGUGUGUAAAAUGCCUUAUAUAAAUGAUUGGAAUUCAAAACAUCAUUUUGUAUGAAGAUUUUAUAAAAGCUAAGGAAAAGAGAAAUACAUGCGAAAUGGAAAUUAAAUAAUAAACUUAGUAACGAGUCAAUUAUAUGAAGGAACUCUAAUAAUCAGUUGAUAAGCUUGAUCAACUUAUGAAGGGAGUGAUUGGUUAGUUGUAAAAUAAUAUUGGUGAAAAAAUUGCUCAAAGUUAGAAAGAAAUAGAAUAAGGAGAUUCUCAAGGAGAAUCAAAAAGCUUGGAUGAAAAUAAUUCAAUACAAGAAGGCACUUCAGGUAAUAUUGAUGAACAAGAGAAAUCAAAAAUAAUUUCAAAUUUCUUUCGGUCCAUUAAGGAAUAGGUUAAGCAAAUGUAAGGUUCACAAGAAUACUUACAAAUAAUAUUAUCAAUCAAAAAAAUAGAAUAAUCAUUUUAGAUCAAAUCAGAGCCAUUUUAAAUGGAGAUUAAUAAAACCCUAAGUUUGAAGUAGAAUUGUAAAAUACAUAACUAAGUGAUUAUUAUGGUUGAUUUAAAUCUAUAUGAGUCUGAACCCUAAAAUAGAUUUGCAUGUGUUUAAUGCAUUUAAGAAUUUCAUAAUCAAUAUGUUAGUUUAAGCGAUGUUAUUUAAAGAUUCCGCAAAUAUAAUGAAGAAAAGGAAAGCAUCAAUGAAUCAUAUCAUACUUAAAGAAAAGGAAAAUUUAAAAAUACUAGUCAAAUGCUUAGUUAAUUGAAAAAUAAAUACAACUAAGAAAUCUCUGAUAUCGUUUAAUCUCUUGAUAAAUAAUUUAAAGAAUAGGAAUAUUUGGAUUAGAAAGAUAAUGAUCUUUCAAUUUUGGAUAUUUAGGAAUUGGAUGAAAAAGAAGUAAUGGAUAUAGUGGAUAUUUUGUGUAAAAAAGAUUAGCAUGCAGAGUUAAAAGAAAAAUAAAAAACAUAAGAUGAAAACGACUCUAAGGUUUAUAAAAUGUUAAAGAAAAAUCUUGAAUGCCUAAUGUAAUAUGAUAUCUUAACUAUUCAUAAUUUAAUGAAUAUACUACAAGGUGAUCAAUUAAAUUUAUUAAACAUUGAAGAUUUUAUUGAAAAUAAUGAAAGUAUUAUUAAAUUAGAUGAUAACUAAUUCAUUAAAAAAUUCUAAAGACUAUAACAAUAUUUAUCUAUAAUUGAAUAUUCUUUUAGCUUUUAUAAUGACUUAAAAAAAGAGGUAGAUGAAAGAAAUUAAUCUUAACCUUAAAAAUUUGAACAAGAAUUUCAAUAAUUUUAGUCUAAUUCAACUAAAAUGAUUACAUUAAUCACAGCUGAAGAUAAUGAAAAGUAAUUGAAAUUAUUACAAGAAGAAACUUUAUAAUAAAAGUAAAGAUUACUAGAUGAUGAAAAAUAAAUUGAAUAAUUCACACUACAAAUAAAACAAAUGAAUGAUGAAUUAGUUUAGUUAAAAGAGAAAUAAAUAGAACUUUAAGCGAAAAUAUAAGAAGACAUUUCCUAAAUUGAGAUUUAAUAAAAAAAAUUGAAAGAAGAGGAAAAUGCAAAUAAAAUAUUGCAAUAAACUGUUGAAGCUUAAGCGAAUACAAUAAAUUAAUAGAAAUAAAGAAUUGAGAAAAAUGAAGCCGAUUUAACGGAUGCUACUUCUAAAUUACAAAAGAAUGAUGAAGGAUUGAAAGAAUUAUAAUGUGUUUAUUAAUUUGUAAAUAUAUCAUGGAAAAUUGGAACAAACACAAUAUUAAAAAGUGAUUUUUGUACAAAAAUCUUAACAAAUAUAGAAGUAAAGAUGAAGAAAAAAAUUAAGAAUCAAUAUUUGAUAUUUUCUGGAUAAAAUUAGGAACUAAAUAGUUAGGCAUUUUGGAAGGCUGUUGAAAAAACAUCUAAUUUAUUAAUGAUAUUUAAAUCUAAAAGUGGUAAUAUUUUUGGUGGAUUUUCGCCUUGCUAAUGGGUUAAAAUGGGUGGUGCUUUUGUUUAAGAUAAUGCAACAGCAUCAUUUUUAUUCUCAUAGACUCACGAUCUAAUAUAUCCUUUAAAAGAAGAAAAUAAAUUGUAUGCUAUUUAUUGUCAUCAAUCAUUUGGGCCAACAUUUGGCAAUGGACAUGAUUUAUAGAUUGGAUCUGAUUUUCAAUCUGGUUAUUCCAACUUAGGAUACCAUUAUAAUUGGGAUGGUUAUUAAUAUGCUAAUAGUACACAUUUAUUUGGUUAACUUACUCCAAAUAUAGAAGUAUGUGAAAUAAUCAUGUUAACAUUUUUGUGA